CGACACUACCACGAAUCCGGCUGCGUCUUUGGGAUUUCUGGCUUGGUGUUAUCGUGUUUUAUCUUAGUUUCACAAAAUGUUUUAUCACAUAUCCCUAGAUCACGAGAUCUUACUUCACCCGAGGUACUUCGGGCCCCAGUUGGAAGAGACGGUGAAGCAGAAGCUCUACGCCGAAGUGGAAGGCACCUGCACCGGGAAGUACGGGUUUGUGGUGGCGGUGAUGACGAUCGACAACAUUGGAGCGGGCCUCAUCCAGCCGGGAAGGGGCUUUGUGGUGUACCCUGUCCGGUACACGGCCAUCGUGUUCCGGCCCUUCAAGGGAGAAGUCUUGGACGCCGUCGUCACCCAGGUCAACAAGGUUGGCCUGUUCACCGAGAUCGGCCCCCUGUCCUGCUUCAUUUCGAGACACUCUAUUCCAUCGGACAUGCAGUUUGACCCCAAUUCCAAUCCACCGUGCUACAGAACCCAAGAUGAGGAUGUCAUCAUCCAGCAGGACGACGAGAUACGGCUGAAGAUUGUCGGAACCAGGGUUGAUGCAUCCGACAUUUUUGCCAUUGGAACCCUCAUGGACGACUACCUCGGUCUCAGUUGAAGCUUUGGAUCUUCGGAUUCUUGCACCCUUGUACAGCGUCGCCCAUUUCCCCGCCAAUGUCCCUGCGUGUUGCCUCUUUGCUCAAGGCACGUGACCAGCAGUGGAACUUCAUGCCAAUUUCAAAUGUAUUGUUGUCUAUCGCCCUAACAAGAAUUGACCAUUCCGAAAACAUGUAGCGUACCCACAGUCAUUUCGACGCGUUACGGCAGUCAGGCACACGGAACAUGAAGGAGUACCUAUGAACAGAAGCUGUUUGUGUUGGUUUAGUAUGUUGUGAUUUCAGAAAGCACAGAAGGCAGGACGAUAACAAAGCAGG